AUGUUGAACUUGGGGCACGACGAGUCAGACCGCUUUGAGCAGAACCCCAGAGGCAGCCGCGGCACCCCCUCUCAGCUCCGGCCCGCCCGGCACAGCCCGACAGACCGCGCUCCGCUGCCGGCGAGGCGCUGCGCCGGACACCGACACUCGCUCGCUCGCUCGCUCGCUCGCUCCCUCCCCGGCCAUGCGCUGUGCGGCGGCCGCGGGCUGCCAGUGGCGGGCACCUCCCCGAGGUGUCCCCCGCUGCCCCCGCUGCCGCUGGACGCAGGACACCCUGCGGAGCCGGGCAGGCUCUGGGACACCCCGAAGCGGCGGGGAGGGCUGCCCCCGCCGUGGCUCUCGCCCACCCUGUCCCCGGAGCCGGUGGCCUCGCCCCCGUGCCCGGACUCCGCGUCCCAGCCCUCGGAUGCCGGACUGGGGCUGGACUCCACACACAGCACGACCUCUGGCAGCGGAGGGCGUGAGUGCCAGCCCACGGUGCCCCCGCCGAGCAACCCCUCGCCCUCCCCUGCCUCCACGGGCACCCAGCGCCCGGGCUCAGCCUUGCUGGGAGGCUUCGAGAAAAUGAUCCUGAGUUGCAGCAGACUCCUCCAAGGCCCAAAGCUCCACCUGCGGAGGAUUCGCUCCUUGCCACCGUGUGCUGUGGAAGCCAGCCAUCUGAAGGACAUCUCCCGCUCCGGGGAGUUCAACGUCCGCAGGGGCCGAGUGCGGAAGGCCAGCAGGGAGCCCGAGGAUGAGGACUUUAUCCCCAAGAAGCUGCCGAGGCUGGACCAGCAGAGCCGGCUGGCCGCCGGCUUCAGUGGGGCUGCCAGGAGGGACCCCCUGGCCACAAGACCCUGCUCCACUUCCAGCCUGCUGCCGCCCUGGCAGAGUGAUGCCACCGUGCCCCGGGGCACCGCUGAGAACGUGCUGACCUCGAGGAUGACGAGGAAGGAGGAGGCAGAGCUGCCACACGGCUCUCCCCACUGGCGUCCGGGGAAGCGCCGGCAGUGCCGGCAGCUCUUCUGCCCGUCGCCCUCGGGGACCAGCAGGGCCAUCAGGCCCAACCUGAAGCGGGCACACCCCUGCGAUGAGGACACCCCUGUCAAGGCCAAGAAGCCCAGGACGGGGACCGGCAGCCCCUGCCAGGAGGCGUCGCUGGAGCCGGAAGAGGGGCUGCAGCGUUGCAGGUCUGCCCAGCGUGCGGAGAUCGAGAGCCCGCUGGACAACGAUGACCAGGACCUCAUCGGGGACUUCUCCAAGGCUCACCUCCUGCCGACGGUGGAGGGGAAGGACCCCGGCCUGAAGUACAUCUCCCCUGACACGCUGGUGGCGGUGCUGACGGGGCAGUGGAGCAGCUUCCUCGAGAGCAGCAUCCUCGUGGACUGUCGCUACCCCUACGAGUACGAGGGGGGCCACAUCAAGGGUGCUGUCAACCUGCCCCUGCAGCGCGAUGUGGAGCGAUUCCUGCUGGAGCAGCCCAUCCUGCCCCUGCACCCCAGCAAGAGGGUGAUCGUCAUCUUCCACUGCGAGUUCUCCGCUCACCGCGGGCCCAAAAUGUGCCGCUUCCUCAGGGAGAAGGAUCGCUCCUGUCACGAGUACCCCCAGCUCCACUACCCCGAGCUCUAUGUCCUGAAGGGCGGCUACCGGGACUUCUUCCUGCGGUACCCGGCACUCUGCGAACCGCAGGACUAUCGGCCCAUGGAGCACGGCGCCUUCCAGGAGGAGCUGCGCCAGUUCCGCUGCCAGAGCCGGCCCCGGGCGGCAGAGCGCAGCCGGCGGGACUUCUGCAGCCGCCGCCUGCCCCGCUGAGCGCUCGGGGGCCCGCAGCCCCUCCGUGGGCAA